GCGGGAUUAUUUCGCACUUGUUUAUUGUUUUGUUAUUCCUCGCUGCAUUGGCGUACUCGAUCUGGAAAUGGAUCAAUAUCCCGAUGAAAAUGAAGAGUUCGAGCUGCAGUAUCAAGAUGAGCUGGAACUGCUGGAGGAUAUGCCGCACCAGUACGAUGCGUGCGACGAUGGACCGAGUACAUCCCGUCAAGCGGCAGCUGCACUUGAGAAACAACAACAAAUGCAGGGAACUGGAGCAAUCAAGGAUGUCUCACGUUUAUCGAACUCAACGCUGAGCUCCCCACAGCUGUCGCAGAUUACAUUUGGAGCAAGUCAAAUUGAACCAGGCGGAGGAGCAGCCGUGAAUCGUCGACUCUUUGGCACGCCCAAGGGCUCGACUGUGGGACGCGGUUGCUCGACGCCGCUGCAGCGGAUGCCGCCGAUACAGGAAGUGGCCAGUGACAUUGGUGGCAAUGCAGCCCCGCUGUUAACUGCUGCCGCCGAGCAGCUGCAGGAAUUGGGAUUGCGUGGCACCAACAAACGUCGCCUGGAACGGGAUCUCUUUGGUGACAUCGAUGACCUGUACCACGAAAGCUAUGAGGAUCCCAUGCUGAAGAAGGCGCGCACCGAGGAGCAGCGCGACAACGAAGCCAUUGAACGCAUCCUGGAGCUGAGAAGAAAGCUGCGGGAAUCGAGUAAAACAGUGCGUCAUGAUGAAGUGUCCCGGCUGAAGGCAUUGCAUGACUUCAAGAUGAAGAAUCUUUCAUAUGAGUUACCCUCGUGGCCAUUUCUGGCCCUGCAACGCAGCGAUCUCGAGCGUCUCUAUGUGCGCUAUCAUUCCGAGGACUAUGAGCGACGGCAGCUGGAGCAGCUCAGUGCACGGGGUAAUCAGAUAGGCAGCCUGUUGGGCGAGGCCAAGCAACAGGUGUGGCAGGAAGCCCAUGAGCUGGUGCUGCGUCGCUUGGCACCUGCCACACAGCCGGUGACUCCCCCGCCUGCCACUCCCAGCCCGGAGAUGGGACGCCUUUGGGUGGACAAGUACAAGCCUCGUAAAUACAUUGAUUUGCUGUCCGAUGAGAUGACCAAUCGCAGUCUACUCUACUGGCUCAAGAUGUGGGACAAGGUGGUCUUUGGCAAGGAAUUUCACAGCAAGCAGGAGCAGCAGGCAGUGGUCACAGGAGCUGCUGGUUCCUCCAGCGGACAGCAGCUCAACAGCUUCAACAAGCGAACCGGGAAAUUCGAAUCCAAUGGAGGCUGGCGUCAGCGUAAGGCGCGUCAGGCCUUGAACACCAAUGUUGAUGAGCUGGGCAGACCCAUGCAAAAGGUGGCUCUGCUUUGUGGUCCACCCGGGCUGGGCAAAACCACUUUGGCGCAUACAAUUGCCCGUCAUGCGGGGUACAAUGUGCGUGAGAUUAAUGCCUCGGAUGAUCGCAGUCCAGAGGCCUUUAAGCUGGCACUCGAGAAUGGCACACAAAUGUCAUCGGUGCUGAAUCAGGACAAGCGUCCCAAUUGCAUUGUGCUGGAUGAAAUUGAUGGCGCUCCACGUCAAUCCAUUGAGUAUCUGGUCAAGUUUGUCAGCGAUGGCAUCUAUAGUCGGGUUAAGGCCAAGGGCGCCAAGGCGGAGCACAAUGUGUUGCGUCGUCCCAUCAUAUGCAUCUGCAAUGACAUUUAUGAUCCCGCUCUGCGUCCACUGCGUCCAAUUUCCUUUGUGGUCAACUUUCCGCCCAUUGAUGCAGCGCGUCUGGCCGAGAGGCUGCUGCAAAUAUCGCACAAGGAACACUUGAAGACAGACUUUGGUUCGCUUAUUGCCUUAGCCGAGAAAUCAGGCAACGAUGUCCGCAGUUGCAUCUCAUCCAUGCAGUUCUUCAACGUUCAGAAACAAAGCUUAACCCUGCAGGAUGUUCUGAACAAUAAUCUUGGUCAAAAGGAUCGGCAUCAGGGCCUGUUUGAUGUCUGGGGAGCUGUUUUUAGAAUCCAACGUCCCAAGAAGCAGCUGCAGCAAGGCAACACCGGCAAUGGCGAGGAGACCGUUCAGGUGACCAUGACAAACAUGUCGGUGGGAACGCGAGUUCGCAAUGUGCUCGGUGUGGUGCACUCCAGUGGUGACUACGAGCGGCUUGCUCAGGGAGUGUACGAGAACUACUUGCAGCAAAAAAUGCCGGAUCCGAAUUUUACGGGCAUCUGUGAGGCGUUGCAAUGGUUCUGCUUCUCGGAUAUGUUGCAACAUCAGAUCUCAAGGCAGCAGAACUAUAGUGUUUAUCCAUAUUUGCAGUAUGGCUUUGUGGUAUGGCAUUUGCUGUUUGCCACAUUGGCCUGGCCGAAAAUUGCAUUUCCCACGCGUGGCUUUGAGUUCAAUCAGAAGUGCACCAACCAGCGCAACAUCUUCCUGUCGCUGCGCAAAGGUGUCACCACAUCGGCACAGGGCGUCGGUCAGGGCAACAUUCUGCUGCUGGACACGGUGCCGCUGCUAAAACGCAUUUUAUCGCCACAGUUGCGUUCAGUUGCCGUGCAACUGUUAUCACAAAAGGAACAAUAUGAUCUGCGACACACGAUACAAGUGAUGGUCGAUUUGGGUGUAACUUUUGUGCAACUCAAAUCGGCAGAAGGACAUUAUGUUUUCCAAACGGAACCCGAUUUGGACACGCUCUGUGCAUUUCCAGGAUUUGCUGGUCUCACGCUGCCUUAUUUCAGUCGCCAGCUAAUCGCACGUGAGGUGGAUUUGGAGCGGAUUCGACGAGCGGCGCCCAAAGGCAGCGAAGUGGACGCAACAAAGAAAGCAGCAACAACAUCUGGAGACGCCACAAAGAAGAAGGCAGCGUCACCGCGACUGCCGAAUCAUUUGCAAACAUUGAAGCCAAAGAAAAUUACGGAUUUCAAUGGACGCAGUGCACCCAAGCAGCAGCUCACAAAGGACUUUUUUGGUCGCGUCACUCACAAAACAACAGCCACAUCUUCCAAGGAAGAGGCUAAAACUGAUGCAAUUGUCAAGAGUCCUAUAUGGUAUCGCUAUAAGGAAGGAUACAACAACGCCGUACGCAAGGAUGUUCAUCUAAAUGAGCUGCUUUAAAAAUUAAUUAAUAAGCCAGUUAUUGUUAUAAUUUAAACUAAGUUUAUAUUUAUUAUUUUAUAUAAAACAUGCCAGUAUCGGGCUUUGUUCGUAUUUUCCUAAGAUUAUUUAUUUUUUAGAAUAGCAGCGAAGCAUACCAUUAGGAAUUAAUAUUGCUUCAUAACGAUGUGAAUUUAAGGUAAUAUGAGUUUAGUUUAAAAUUAACAGUUUUUUUUAGAAAAAAAUAUCUUAAAAUGUAAUGGGUAAUCACAAUUUACAACAGAUUUCAA